CCGGUGCCAUUCCCUUCGCCUGCCUAGACAUUUACGAGAGCGACUCCCUCUUUCUUUUCUUUUCCUCUUUUCUUCUCUUCCCCUUCCUUCCACCACCAAUUUCCUCUCUUUCUUGCAAAAACUUAGCCACCAUUCUUCACAAAGUGCAAGGUCUCCUCCACUCCAAAAACUGUAUAAAUACCUCAAAGUCUAUACUAUCCGUAUCAUCCGUCUCUCUCUAAUAAAAAAAACAUUUUUUUUUGUUUCUCUAAUUAUCCAUUGAAUAAGGUAAUUUUAAUUCAAUAAUUCUCAUUUAAUUUUAGUUUUGUUUGUAUUCAUUAUGCAUUCAUGUUUUUGUCUUCUGCAAUAAGUGACAUGAAAAAUAAAUAAUCUUUACUAAAUUGAAUCUGGAAAUAUUGAUUUAUUUUGUAUUUAAUGUGUUAUUUUUGAUCUGGGUGUUUUUAUUCUUCCAAAGGUGUUAGAUUAAGUUUUAAUGGACUGUGAUUUUUAUGGAUUAGAUAGAUUCCAGCUUCACAGGUCGCUGAAGACUCUGUUUUCUUUCUUUUUUUUUUGUUGGAAUGGUUUUUACGCUGCUUCUUUACUUGUUGAUGUUUUCUAGAGUAAGACUUUUUUUUGAGUGGGUUUUACUUUGCCUUCUUGCUUGUUGAUGUUUUGUAGACUAAGACUUUUAGAGUAAGAUUUUUUUUUGAGUGGUUUUUACUUUGCUUUCUUGCUUGCUGAUGUUUUCUAGAGCAAGACUCAAUUAAAUGAUAGCUACAGCACGCAUUAGUUUUAGAUGUCGUAUAAUGAAAAUACCACACAUGCAUUGACAAAUCAAAUAAUACCAAACAUAUACUGGACAAAUGUCAUCCAAAAAGAGUCUCAACGUGGGCUUGCUUUUAAGUAUGUUAUAGAUAGUUAAGUGCAUCAUUAGAUUGAAAACAUAUGGAGUAUACUGACAAAACAAAAAAAGCCAUCGCUGCCUCCUCAGCCAUUUUGUUUCUUUAACUGGCCAACUAACACUUCUGGAAACAUAAAUAACCACUUCGAUUAUUUCAGCCCUUCUACCUGCUCCUUGUUUUCUCCGAUCUCUGUCUCGGAAGGCAAAGCGCUUUUCGCGUCUUACCAUGGAGAUGAAAAAAUGCACUGCCCCUACUAUCUUCUUGCUAAACCUGGUCAACUACUUCAAGUUCUUGUUCAAAGAGGCAUUCACUCAUCUGGGUCUGCUCAAGCCACCACCAGAACUAGAAGAAGAUUAUUAUUCUGCUACUUGUUGUAACGCUUAUGUUCUAGUGAUGGAUGGUCGAUCUCGCUCACUAGUUCCAGUACCAAUCCAAGUUGUAACAGCGAUGAUUAAGAAGAGCCUACCGGUUCUUGAGUAUGGCACCUUCAUCGAAAGAUUUGGAGAUGAUAAGCAAGUGGAGAACAAUACGAUUUGCACUGUGUGCUUGGAUUCUAUGGAGAAAAGUGAGGAGAUCAGAGCGCUUUGCAAGUGUUGUCACGUGUUUCACAAGGAGUGCCUUGAUACAUGGGUAAAUGAGGGUCAGGUUACAUGUCCUUUGUGUAGAUCCACGUUGUAUCCAGACUGGAUAGAUUGGACGGCCAAGUUAGGUUCAUGAAUCAUGUAGAAUUUUUGUGUCAAACUUCUAAUUAUGCAAUAGAUAUUAACUUUAGUGCUA